AUGGGCAACAAGCGCAAGCAAUCAAUUACGCUUGAUCAAAGUAGGAAGCGCGUCAAGGGCACACCAAUCCAAGGAGCUUCAGCUUCGCCACACCCGCACGGCGAGAUCGACCCUGACGAGUACUUUGCCGUCCGCAGCAUACUUGACGAACGUCCUGGCCAGUACCUAGUCGACUGGGACGACAGUCCGCGGACUGGGGAAGCCUACCAACCCACCUGGGAGCCCAAGAAGAACGUUACCGCUGCUGCUAUCAAGGAGUGGAAAGCAGGCAACGCACCACCACCAAGUGCAGCUGUUCCAAGUACGCUUCCAAGUGCUGCCGCAAGUGCUCUUCCGAGUGCAACAGCUUCGCCUGCCCCUGCUACCCUGGUCUCGGCUCCUUCUAAGAAGGUUAGAGGGAGGCCACGGAAGGUCAUUGAGAGCUCCCCGGACGUCUCGCCGCAGAUUACGAGACAGCAGGCACGCCAGGAGACUAGCGAGUCCGUGCAGUUAAUUCACACACCACAGACGAACGCUCGGCCGGAGCCUGAGAUCAUAGAGUCACAAGACGGUCAGCAUACAGUCAACGACGAGUCUACAGACAGUCCACUAUUCGAGCCUGUCGGCACUCCCGCCGCUGAGCCUAGUGUAGAGCCAUCUGAUCCGCCGGCAAGCUACUACACAGGCGCUUAUCAAGCAUUUACAUCCUCUGAGCUUGGGUUUACCUCCGCAAGUGCGCCACCAACCGGCGAGCAGAUAGAAGGGCCACUGGAAACACAGUCUCGCUCUGUGCCCGUCAACUUUGGCGAGGCCUCGUCAAGAGUCAUACCCGACUCGCAAACAUUUGUUGAGUUCACAAGCUCAGCACCAGCAGCAACCACAAGCAGUCGUUCGGAUCAACGGAAUCUGUUGUCUCAAGCUGAAGCAAUCAUCCAGACUCCCGCUCGUCUAGUCAAUUGCACUGUUCCAUUAGCUCAGGCCGAGACAGGCGCUCCCAUUAUUGAAGGACGUACAGCAGAAGACACCUCAGCAGAGCCAUCGACCAACAGCCUGCUCCGAGACGAACCACAUCAGGCACAGCUUGAUUCACAACUCGAGCACACCUCCUCUGGCGCUCGACACGAAAUUGACAUUUCGCAAGCUACGCAAGCGCAUCCGGCUGAAGAGACGGGUGGUGCAGAAACCUCUCCUUCCCUCGAGCUGCACGAGUCUCUCGGUUCCCUCGCAGUUGUCUCUCAAGCUAGCAGUGGCGGCGCGACAGCACUACACGAUCAAGACUCUCCAACGACUGGUCCUGUGAACGAUCAAAUCGGCGACAAUAGCGCUCGUAUAUCUCAAGCGUUGGCUGCUACUCCUAAGUCUUCGGACCUCGUGCCGCCAAACCCCGGUGGCAACAUACAAAGUCAGUCGGCCGCUGAUCGUGGUGACACAGAGUUGACUUCACAAGCUCAGCAGUCACGACUUGAGGAUCCAAUAGACCUGACAACGUCCACCUUCCCGUUUCAGAUACAGGUUAAUCGAUCGCCAAUCGAAAGUCCACCUGGCUUCACUUCUUUACUCAACGGCAGCGACACCGUCCUCCCAUCCAAAGAGCCUCCGUCGCCUGUUCGAUUCUCUAGCCCGUUCCCAUCUGUGCCGAGCUACUCGAUCGGCACAUUCGGCGUAAGCGCACCACCACAGCCGGUAUUCUCGUCAAACCAAUCGAUACCAGCGAUGCGGGCAUCGCAGGGUUCGUUGGACUCGCGAGCCUCACUGAAAGCUAAGCUCGAGGCAAGCCGUGCGCAGCGCCGAGCGCAGCACGCAACGAACGAGUUGACAUCUGCUCGGCCAAGUCAAUCUAACACACCUGUCCCGCAGACGCAAGAUGCCGAAUUAAUAGUAUCACAAGCGCCCAAGCUAGUCUCUUCGCUCAUUGUUGACGAGCAAAGUCGUCGUUCUCCUUCGGCUUUCCCUGCUAUGGAGCCUCCUCCCGUCAUCACGCAGGAAGAAAUGAACACUUCCGAACGAUAUGAGACAUUACUACCUCAGACACGCGAAAAUGGUCUACAUCGUACUGGCUCGAUGGCUGCGCCGACUCUGAGCAGACAGCCGAGCAAGGAUCUCAACCCACCACUUUCGCACACAUAUGUGCUGCCAAUUGCGCUAAUCGGCCAUCAGCGCGACCAAUACCCAGCCACUGUACACGCGUCCGCACAUUUGAUCAAUGAAUUAUUGACAUCUGCUGCUCCGGGCGCAGAUCUAUUGCGAGAUGCUGAAGCUUUCGUUACUCGUAUGCAGAACCUCACCGUGCAUCCAGAUCUCGUCAACUCCGAAGCGUUGUCACAGUAUGCCGUGGAACCAAGGCAGCAAGCUCAAUGGGAUGUGGACUGUAGUGCCAAGUGUCGCUUUCUGAAGCUGCUCAUCGAUGAGCUUCGCGAUCAGAGUAUGCACAUUGCAAUUGUCUCCCAACCAGGCGAGAUCAUGAACAUCCUGGACGUGUUCUUUUCAGGCAUCAGCAUACCACAUAGACGACUCUCUGAUAUCCAUGCGUCUAGCUUUCAGAAUGAAGAUCAAGCUCUUACGAUCACGCUAGUGUCGGUUGAGGAUGUGGUUGUCGACCAGACGCCAUCGCCUGCUGAUCUGAUCAUUGCAAUGGAUUCAGCUGUGUCUGCCGAGUGCAUGCCAAUCAAAGCACUACUACGAGGCGAGCAUAGAGCGCCUAUGGUCACUAUGGUCGUACCGUACUCAGUGGAGCACAUCGCGCAGUCGUUGUCUGCCGCACUUAGUAGCGAAGCACGUCUGCGACUGAUGAUCAGCAGCAUCCAGCAGUACAGCAGCAUCGCUGGCUCGCUCGAAGAAGGUCAAGCCAGCAUACGAAGUGCCGCCGAGCAAUUGGCGAGCUACCUAAUGUCUGAAGAGAGCGAGCGCGAAUGGCCAUUGCAAACGCUCGAGCCGCUCGCAAACCUCGACAGUCAGACGGAAAGUGAUGUCGAGAUGCCGGCUGCCCUGCACGAGCAAGAUUUAGAGAAUUCUGUGGGCAUCAAGCGUGUGCACGAAACCAGCAAUGACACUACAGAAGCCGUCAAGAAGAUCCGACUGGACGAGCUGACAUCUGGCAUUGUGGGAGAGGCGCCGUUGACCAUCAGUCCUCAGGAAAUCCAGAUGACGCAUAUCAGUGACUCUGUUCCACGACCUACUCAAGUCACUUCCGACGGUCUCGACGCUGAUACUACGCUCAUGCUCACCGACGCCGAGCAAAGCCUACGGAACAUGCUCCGGGACGCUCAAACCCGGCUGGACGACCACGUAGAGGCAAUCAGUAAGCUACAAUACAGAUUCGAGGAGCAGCGCGCAGACCUUGUGACGAGGACGGCGGAGCGCGAUUCAGCUCUGAUGACUGCUGCAAAAGCUGUCGAGCGCAUGCAGUCAAACCAGAACAGGCUGGAAGUCAUUCAAGCAAACGCUGCAGAGACUGGAGUCCAGCUAGCUCAGGCAAAUAUGCGCCUACUAGACCAUACUAUCCCCGAGCGAGCCGAGAUCGAGCGUGUUCGCUCCGAAGCCCACCAAGCCCGAAGCGAGAAGGAGCAGAUCGAAAAGCGUCUAGAGAGACUGAAUCAGGAACACGAGUAUCUUCGCUCAAUCUACCAGACGGCCUCACAAAGUGCGCAGAACCAGUCUUCUCAGAAUACUGACCUCGAGAAUGCGCUUGCGGUCGCUCAAAACAAGGCCACGAGCGAGCAGGCUCGGCUGAGAAGUAUGGGCUACGAUGCCCAAACCACACUCCUCCGGGACGAGAACAAAAGGUUGAAGGUUAUGCUCAAAGAUCGUGAGGCGGCAAUCAAGUUUAAAGAGGAGGAGCUCACGCGAUUAAAGGAGGCGCAACGAGGAAGGAUGGGCACCAGGGGGACGAGUGUACCUCGCAGCCCAAGGGUCGGUAGUCCGAUGAAGAUGGCUGUUGAAGGUGGGAUGAAGGGACGUGGGAGUAGGCAGGGGAGUCCAGCUGCUGGAGAAAUGAGGAAGGGCGUGUUGCUCCACCCGCUGCGGAACAGCUGA